CAACAUGUAGUGAUCUUGAUUCAAAUACAAUGGAUACAACAGAAGAACAGCUAGAGGAGGACAACGCUGAUGAGAAAAAAGUUGGACCCGGGAGUUUGAAGAAAAAGAAAGGCGGAAAAAGAAAACAACGGAAUUUAGAAGAUCUAAAGGCAGACAAAGAGAAUCUCGAGGAUGAAAAUAAGAGUCUCAAGGAUGAAAUCAGGAGUCUCAGAAAAGAAAAAAAGGAUCUUAAGGAUAGCUACGAGAGUCUUCUUAAUGAAAACAAGAAACUCGAAAAUGAAAAGGAAUUACUGAGUCAGGAGCUUACCAAUGUAAAAGAAAAAUUGGUAGACUGUGGCAAUCAGUGUGAGAACUGGAAGAUUAAGAACGAACAAAUGUUCCAUCGAUUAAGUGAAGUUGUAUCACAUCAAAUAACGAACACCAAUCCUUUGAUCCAAGAUAUCAACUACCGCGACCAAUCACGUCAAAUAGCUGAGGUUUUCCGCGCAGAGUUGUAUAACAAACAGUGGGGCGAUGCCUUUGAUGUCCUGAACACGGUAAACCUACCCGAGAGGGAUAUAUUGGAGAUCCUGAGGGACAUUUGUAGGGAUUCUUAUCUGAUCUGUUCUUUCGUUUUAACGGGUCAGGCUGACACCCUGAGGAAAGCAUUGUAUCCAUUUGACACGAAGCACCACAGCCUCAACAACUCAGCAUGGGUUUCUACCGAUGCUCUCAAAGACCUACCGGAGGUGGUCAGGGAUGAAUUUAUACACAGCCGCCGUCAGUUCAAGGAUUUUGAGAAGAUAUUGCAGGAACAGUGCUGCAAUUCUCUGGCGACCAAAAGACUUGUCGGGACGUAUGGCGAAGAUAUCAUUCCACGCAUGAAAUCUUAUAUCUAUUCCUGCAUACAGAUAAGCUGGGACAUGUUACUACAAAAACCUCCGAUAUAUCUAGACUUUGAUAUGGUAACAGGUUGUCAAAUAGAUCCGGAAGUAUGCGGUGUUUAUUCCUAUCGGGGUUCUACUGUAGAAUACAUGGUUUGGCCAGUAGUAUAUCAUCAUCACGGUGGACCGGUUUUGAUGAAAGGCAUAGUUCAAGCUUUUCAACAAUUAUAGCAAAGACAGAGUACAAUGUCGGGACAUAGAUGUAAAAGUGCAAUCGUCAAAAUAACAUAGUGAAAGGAUAGUGUAAAUGAAAAAAAAAAAAAAAAAAAAACAUUUUGCCACAAAUAUCAACAUUUCAUUCAAUUUCAUGAAACACUGGCAUGUGAGAUCUCUUGUAUGCAUGUUGUCUUGUUUCAAUUUUCGUAGUUGUGUAUGACGAAACAGCAAUAGAAGUACUUUGUAAAACGCAAUAAACGAAUAAAUGGACUGUUGACAUGGCAACAUUUU